GGUCCUGCUGGUUUACCUGGAUUACCCGGUAGAGAUGGUUUCCCUGGUAGUGAUGGUCUUCCUGGUCCUCAAGGUCCUAGAGGUCCUCCUGGUAUUCCUGGAGGUCCUGGAUUACCUGGUCCAGCUGGACGGCAAGGGUUAGAUGGUCCUAAGGGUCAAAAGGGAGAGUACGGUCCUGCAGGACGACCUGGCUUAGAUGGAUUGCCUGGUAUUAAGGGAGAAAGUGGUUUGAAUGGUUUACCUGGU